UACUCUGUUUUGGGUUUUAGGAAAAUCACAGGAACCCUAAAACCCUUUUACUGCAAAACCUCAAAGCUCACGCCUUGCUUCCAAUGGCGGCCUUUCAGCACUUCUCGAACAUGCACGACGUCGAACUGAAGCCUCGUCUGCUUCGUUCUUUAUUCAAAGACCAAGUCCCGGACGAGAAACGCCCGUUUGGGAGCCCGUCGGACUUGUCUCGAGUGAUCAAUCUGGUUCAAACCCACAAACUAUUAUCGGAGUCAUUUACCGAAACGCUUGAAGAGAAGCAGGUUCAGCGUUGGAGAUCUGCUGUCGACGAAUGGGUCGAGCGGCUGCUCGCGCUUGUUACUAGCAACUCGCCAGAUAAAUGUUGGGCGGGAAUCUGUUUGCUGGGGGUGACUACUCAAGAAUGCGGUUCCGACCGCUUCUCAGCAUCAUACACCGUUUGGUUUGAGAAGCUUCUGCUACAUAUUCAGCAGCCAGCUGAUUCUCGAUUUGUGAUGGUGGCUUCCUGUAAUUCAGUAUCGGAUAUGAUCACUAGGUUGGGUAGAUUUCCAAAUGCACGGAAGGAUGGGACCUCUCUUGCUGGCAAAACUAUGCAGCCAAUGUUGAAGCUGCUCAAUGGGGAUAACUCAGAGGCUAUAUGGGAGGCUGCUGUUCAUUUGCUAUGCACCAUUAUAACUUAUUUCCCAGCUGCUGUUCAGCGCCAUUAUGACAGCGCUGAAGCCGCCAUUGCUUUUAAAAUUUUGUCCCGAAAGUGCAGUGCUGAUAUGCUGAAGAAAUUUGCUUGCUGCCUAGCAUUACUUCCUAAAUCUAGAGGAGAUGAGGACAGCUGGUUCAUAAUGAUGCAAAAAAUUUUAUUGUUGGUAAACAGUCAACUGAGUGACAUAUUUCAAGGUUUAGAAGAAGAAACCAGACGUAAUGAAGCUGUUAAGCUGUUGGUCCCACCAGGGAAAGAUCCCCCACCUCCCUUAGGAGGCCCUAUGCUGUCAGAGGAGGGCUCACUCAACGCAACAAAGAGGUCUGACGAAUUGGUGAUAUCCUGCAUUUCAGCUCUCAUGCAUAGCUGCUGUGAAAUGCUUACAAGCCCUUAUCCUGCUCAGGUAAACGUCCCAAUUCGUGCGCUGUUAGCCCUAGUUGAAAGAGUGCUGAUGGUGGAUGGCUCUUUGUCACGCAAUAUGCUACUGUUUAUGACUGCCAUGCAACAAGAGUUAAUUUGUGCAGAACUUCCAGUUUUGCAUUUGUCCAGUUUGGAACUAUUAAUCUCUAUCAUAAAGGGUAUGCGCAGUCAGCUUUUGCCACAUGCUGCAUACAUUGUGAGACUCAUAAAAGAGUAUUUCAAAAGAUGUGUCUUGCCAGAUUUAAGGAUAAAGCUCUAUUCAAUCACAGAGGUUUUACUGAGAUCCAUGGGUAUUGGAAUAGCAAUAUAUCUUGCACAAGAAGUUGUCAAAAAUGCAUUUGCUGAUUUAUGUCCAAUAGAUGAGGAAAAUAUUUGUACCUCUUCCAAUGCCAACUCCAGCACCUCCUCUGAGACAUUGGGGAAUCAUAGCCGUAGAAAAAGGAAACAUGGUGCAACUGAAUCUCUUGAGAAACAGCAGAUAGAAGUGGAAACAUCCAAGAAGCAUUCAACAACUCCUAUUUCAGUAAAAGUAGCUGCACUCAAGGCUUUAAAAGCUCUUCUUACCGAGGGUGGUGCUUUUAAGUCUGAAUCCUGGCGGUCAGAAGUUGAUGUUCUUUUGAUUAAUGUAGCAACAUCUUCGUGCAAAGGAGGAUGGGCCAAAGACAGCAAUUAUGUUACAAAAUCAUCAACGUGGGCAGAUUUUCAGCUCAUAGCUUUACAAGCACUUUUGGCGUCUCUACUUUCCCCUACUCACGUUCGCCCCCCACACUUAGCCCAGGGUCUCGAGCUUUUUCGUAGAGGUAAGCAAGAAAUUGGGACAAAGCUUUCUGAGUUCUGUGCCGACGCGCUCCUAGACCUGGAGGUGCUAAUACAUCCAAGGGCCCUUCCACUUGCUGAUUUCUCUUCUGCACAAGGCAAAUCAUUUGAUGCAACUAAUCGAGGAUUCUCCAAUUCUGAACCUGGUGCUUCCAAGUACAGCAUAGCACUUCCAAGUGGCAUGCAAGAUAUAGGAAAUGGUCCUCCUGAUUCAGAUGAUGAUAAUUUGUAUCGCAGCUGGCUAGAGAAUGGCGAUUAUGAUGCCCCAUUGAAUGACCAGGAUGAGAAUAUAAAUAUCGUGAACGCAACUGAAACUGUAACAGUUGAUCAUGCAGCGCAGCCAUUGGUGGUUCAUUCAUCUGGUGUGGAAAUUCCUGGGACAAUUUUGGGGGAGUCAGCAACUGCAAGUGUGGAUGUGGCUACGAAAAGAAAAGGGGAUGAAAUGAUUGUCGAUUCUCAGCAAUUGCAAGAUUAUGUGGUUCAAUCUCAGGAACCUACGUCUUUCAAAGGUGACACAACUACUGUAGUUACUGGAGACAGUAAAGCUCAUGAAAUGGGAUUUACAAGAACAACUUCAGACAAUGACCUAAAUUAUAAGGAUGAUGAAAUGGUAUCAACUGGUGAGGAAGCCUCUGCACCAGGUAACAAUAUUUUGGGUAAAGAUGAUGGGUCUGCCCCGGCAAGUGAAGAUACUUUCACAAAAUUAUCUGCUGCUCUAAAAGGCAUAAUACAUAGGUCGGACUUGGGUAGCGACUUAGACAAUGAAGAAAUCCCCGAUCCUAUAUUAACCGAUCCAGAUUCUGAGGAUAAUUUAAGCGACAAAUGAAGGGGAUAGCGACGUAUGUCUUCGAGUCUGUAACUCUAUAUUAACUUUGAUAAUCGAGAAUUCUGGUUUUGGUGUAUUAUCAAAACUGUUCUUUUUGACUCAGGUUACAUAUUAUCAUUUCUAUUAGUGCAGCUCUGAGGAAAUGAAAUGCUUAAACUUCAUAUGCA